AUGUGGCAUCAGAUACGUCUGUACAAGAACGUAUCAGUUUGCAUAAGCGCUGUUCGUUUAGAAGUGUGUCGACCACCUAUGAGGGCAACUGCGUAUUGGCUCUUUAUAGACAUCCUGGUAUGUUGUGGCCAUACCGCAAUACGUCAUUUAGUCAUAUCGCUGAAAAGCAUUCUCCUAUAUCGCCAACGUCCCCUUCACUUGCAUAUUGUCACAGACACAGUUCGAGGGCAAAAAAUCUUGUCACACCUUCUAAACACAUGGAACAUCACCAGCCUUAAUUUCUCGAUAUAUUUAUCGACGGAUGCCGCAUCGGACGUAGCAUGGAUCAAGACUUCUCACCAUUCUGCCCUCAGUGGAUUACUUAAACUCACCGUGCCUUCAAUUUUGCCUCAGGAUCUUAAAAAAGUUAUACUGCUCGACACCGACCUUAUUUUUUUGUCUGACAUAGGGAUCUUGUGGGAUGUAUUUGAUCGGUUCAACUCUAAGCAGUGUCUGGGAAUUGCUGAAAAUCUCUCUGACUGGUAUCUGCGAAAGAACACUUCUGGUACGACCAUCAGGUGGCCAGCCAAAGGUCGGGGCUUUAAUACCGGUAUCGUUUUGAUGCACUUGGAAAAAUUGCGUGUGUUGUCUUGGACUUCGUUGUACACCAGGGUUGCUGAAGAAAAUCUGAAAUUUUUCAACUUUACGCACCUGGCAGAUCAGGUCAGCACGUUGAACAUUGUUUCUUUUUCACUGACGUUGUGUUAUUAUGAAUUAUUAUACUUAAUAGUUACGAAAAUAACUUUUACAUUGUUUCAUUUUGUUUUAUCUUUUUCACUAAUAAUCGAUUUUAAGAAUGACAUAGAUGUUUCGUUGGUUACUCAGUUGUCCUAUGAGAGACUGGCAGUAUUGGAGAAAUUGCUUUCGAGCUGGCAAGGUCCCGCUUCAGUGACCCUAUAUUUGUCUGACUCAGAAGCUUAUCAGUUCGUGCAGCUUCUGGGACAGUCGAUAUCACUGAACAGAAGAAACAUCGCAUAUCACAUCGUUUUCCGAGAAGGGGUAGGUACUGCACACAACGUUUUUCAAUACGUUUCGUUUGAACUUCUGAAUUGUAGGCGAGAGACAUGGGCCGCUGGGCAUCUGGCAACUGACUACGACCGAUGGAGAAAUGCUACUUCUCCUUAUAGGGUUGUGUACUGGAGCAUGGAUUUCGAGCCGUACAUUGCAGUGCGGAGUGAUGUAGUGCGUUACGAUACGAGAUUUCUCGGAUACGGGUGGAACAAGGUUUCUCAUAUUAUGGAACUGGACUCCAUUGGUUAUGAAUUUAUCGUCUUGCCGAACGUAUUCAUUGUUCACUUUCCUCAUCUGUUGAGCCCUGAAGCGUCCAGGUUCCGAACGAGCUUUUUCUAUCGUCAGUGCGUGAAGCUGCUCAAAGGCCAGUUCAUGAAGGACCUUGCUAAGCGGUACGCCCACAAUCGUAGUCGAGUUGUCAAAAUUAGGGCGCACAGUUUUGACUAA